CUUGAUUACUAUUUCGUACUACUUAUAUAAUAAAUAAGUAGUUCAUUAUCAUCUCACUUAUUUGGUUGUGUACUGUCCUUUUUAAUUUAAAAUCUUUUUAUUUUCUUUGCUUCAUUAAAUCUAGACACAAAUUGGUUCAUGUAUUAAAGAAGCAUUUCUACAAUUUAUGGUGCAUUUAUUGAAAGAUUAUCGCUUAUGUCUUGUACCUGUUCGUAAUUCUCAAACGGAUAUUAUGUUUAAUAUUGAACAUUUCUUACGAGAAUGCGCUGAUAAGCAUACAAUACCAUUUUAUCGUGCUUUAUUUGAAACACAACAGUGGAAUAAUUUUGUUCGUGAUCGAAUUUACGCUUCAUCACGUGAUGAAGAAUUGGAUUAUUUCGAUAAUCGUAUUGAAUUAUUGCUAGAAAGUGAAUCGAAAUCUCGACCACAUCAUCAUCAACAUCUUCAUCGUUCUCGUAAUAAUAUUAGUUUAACAACUAUGAGUAAUAUAUUCACAAUUAAACGAUCGGCAUCAUCGUCUCAUGAACAACUGAGCAUUGCAAAUAAUCAUAAUAGUAAUAGUAGUAGUAAUAAUCAUCUAAGCUAUGCGGAUCAUAAUAAUCAUUCAGAAGAUCGAUCAGUGUCAAGUAACACAUCGAUCAAAGAUAGAUCGGAUGAAUCGACGGAUUCACAGCUUUCAAGUGAUUUAGGGCUUUUACCUAAUAAUAACAAUCUGUGUAUAACAGUUAUUGGUCCUCCAUGUUGGCCAGUUCCUGAAUUCGUCGACACACCUCAACUGCAACACUUAUUAUGGACAAAAGAACAUUCACUCGGUUUUUUUCCAACUAAUAUUAAUUCUACAUUAUUAGACUUAUUAGCUUCAAGAGCAUUUCUUUUAAAAGCUACUUUGUCAAAUAAUUCUAUAAUCACACCAAUGUUUAAUGUUAAUGAUAACCCUGAUAAUUCCACUCUAAUUACUACAUUGAUAACAUCAGUACCAGAAGAGGUUAAAAAUAAAGAGAAUUGCAUUUCUUCUAAUUCUACCAUCUGUAGUGAUAUGCUUUUAUCACCAACUCCUGUCAACUGUUGGUCAAAAUCCCCAGUAAAUACCAAUAUAUUAGACCAUAAUCCAGAUUCUCGAACACCGACUGGAAUGUCAAUAUUAAUGAUGACAAAACUACAACUUAACACUACUCAAAGAUUUGGCUCAUUAAUGUUAGUAAACAGUCCAUCUCCACUAAUUAUUCGUUCAAAUCGUCCAGAGAAUACGAGUUUAGUUGGUUUGAGUACAAAAUAUUGUUUACCAGUGAAUAAUGCAACUAUUUUAAGGCGUACAUCACAAGAAUUACGAUAUACGCUAAAUCAUUGUAUUAGUAUUUCAGAAACUGAUGAUUAUACGAAAGUCAAGUAUUUAGCAGGAUCUGCCUAUUCAAUUUGGUUUAUGUUAUUACCAGGUUAUCUAUCUUCUGUGUAUAAAUACUAUACAGAUGAAAUUGACAAUAUAAAUCAUUGUGUGAAUAAAACUGAAAUUGUUAAUGAAUAUCAUAAUGUACAACAACAGAGUGGAAGUACAGGGUGUAAAUUAUUCAAUCAUAUUAUUAGUAAUAACGAUAACGAUAAUAAUAAUAAUGGUAAUUAUCUUGAAGGGAUGAAUGUAAUUAAACAAAUUAUAAUACAAUCGCUUGGUGUAUACAAGAGAAUACACGACUAUGAACUUGAAGUUCCUGAUCAGGUUGCUUUACGAAUAUUGUUAGUGUUAUUGUAUCAAAAUCGUAUUGAAGAUUUCGAUUUACUGAAGUUCAUUAAUUCAGUAGACUGGUCAUCAUCGUCAUCUGGAAUUGCGAAUCAUAUUUACAAAGCAUUUGAGAAAGAGCUGAGAGAACACGAAAGAUUGGAAAACGAACGUUUGAUGUCCACAUCUAAACAUCAUAGUCAUCGUCGUUCGGCUUCUGCCGAUACUGAACUGAAUCCAUCUACACAAAUUAAUAGUUCUGAAAAUACAACUGGCGUCAUUGUACCUCAACCGUUUAAUUCAUCUGAUGAUCUUACUGAUCAAGGAUAUUCAACAUUGAAUAUACAUGAAGAUAAGACAAGUUCAGAUCAAGACUGGUCACCUGUUGUUGACCAAUCUACAAAUAUCAACAAUGAUUCGAUGUCAUGUGUUGUUUCAACCGAUGAUAAUCAUCCACUUCCAAUGGAACAACAUCAACGAAUUCAAGAAUUAACAGAAAGUCAUCAAGAAUCAUCUGUUAUUGGUAACGGUGACGACACUUUAUGUCAUCAAAUUUCACAGUCAAAAGAACACAUAACUAGUUGCAGUUCAAAUACUGUCGGCCAAUCUAUACCUUCUUCCAGUUUAAAUUGUCUUCAAACAUCAAGCUUGAGUAAUGUUGAACAAUCAGACCCAACUAUAGUUAUUGGUAAUGAUGAUGAAAAUAAUGUAACACACGUAAGGGAAAACCCUUCAUCAAUAGUGGAGAAUCAUAUUAGUGCUCCUGACACUGUUAAGUCUGUCUCUGCCUCAGCUGACGUUAUUAAUGAUCACAACAAUAGUAGUAGCAGUAGUAAUGAUACCAAUCUCAGUGAUGAUGAUUCAUGCGCAGAUGAUGAUGAAGAUUCUGAAAAUGAACACAUUCAUUACGGAUAUAAUUUACUAUCAUCAGCGCUAUCAAAAAUCAAACGUCCAUUCCUUCAACAUUAUAAUACUUCGCCUGCUACUACUACUACUAUCACUCAUAAUCCGUCGUCGCAUCAUCGUACUCCUUAUUCACAUCAUAGUAGUAUAGAUGUGACUCGAGAUAGUAAACAUUUAUUAUUUUCAAAAUCAUCUAGACAAUCAUUUGAUGAUAAUUCUUCGUCAAUUAAUGUUAUAAGACAAUCAGCGCAUCAUCAAAAUAUUAUGACUAGUAUUCCGACUACCACUACUACCACUUCUGUUACUACUACUAAUGAUAAUUCAAAUUUGACAGCUACACUUGUGGAUAAUAAUAAUAAUAAUAAUAAUAAUAAUAAUAAUAAUAAUAAUAAUAAUAAUAAUAAUAAUAAUAAUAAUGUUGAUAGUGAUGAUGAUGAUGUUGAAGACAACGACGAAGACAAUGAAGAUGCUAAUGCACAGACCAAAGUUUCAGUUGUUCAUAAUGCAUUGAACUUUUUUAAUAGAUCUACAUCGGAUUUUAUCAAUCGUAUCAAUAUGAAUCGAUCUUUAUUAGAUUGGCGUUCUCUUAUUCCAAGUUUAUCCACAAAUCCAACUCCACAAUCAGGAAGACGUGCAACUACUUCAAAUUGUUUUACAGGUUCAAAUUUAACUAAUCAACAUGGAGGUUGUCAUAUUCAACCACAAAAUCAAUAUUAUCCUUUACCACCACAAUAUCAACCACAAAGUGAACGUAUUUCACGUGUUUCAUGGUCUAAACCAUCAUGUAUAGAAAUGAAAAAUACUGAUUCAACUUAUAAUCAAUCUUCUGAUAAUAUCCCAUUUACUAAUACACAUAAACUAUCAGACUCUGGAUAUCUUGUAAAUCCAAUGAAUAGUAGAUUAUUGGAUAUGAAUGAUCAUUAUUAUGACAAUUAUUAUAACAAUAGUAAUGGUAAUUAUCAAUUAACUAGACAAUUUCCACAAGUUAAUAAUGCAUUAAAUAGUGUUUCGUCAAAUCAUUAUGAAUGUGAGUAUCAUUCUUCAGCUAAUCACGUAGAUGACUCAAACUCGCUGAAUGAUAUGUGGAUCAAUGUCGCUGGUCCAUUACUGGUUGGCGAUGUUAAUCGGCGUAUAUCACCUGCCAAUACACGUACAAUACAUUUGCAACAGUCUUUAUACCAACAGUAUAUGUACAAUAGUACAUCACCAUUAUCGGUACCAGCUCCAUCAUUUUAUAUCAAUCAAAAUGAAUCAUCUCAUGUUAUCCCAACACUGAAUAAUACUUAUCAUGGAUUAACAACACCAAAGCAUGAUAAUUCAACCACUUCAAUACCAGUUACAGUAGCAACAAUAACAACUCCAAAUAUUGCUUCACAACAGCUUACUUCGAAUCCAGAUGAUCAUCAAACAACUUCAGUAGUUAGUGAUUCUUGUUUAUUUUCAAAAAUCACUACACCAACUGUCCAAUCACAAUCCCCGCUUCUUAACUAUAGUGAUAACAAUAGUAAUAAAGAAUCAUCACCAUCUUUUUCUUCCACAUCGACAACGAUAUCAGAUGGUAGCCAACUUCCUAACGUUAAUGGAAACAAUAAUAAUAAUAUUAUUACUCAUUUGAAUGUAUUCAUCACAACUUGUUCCACAUGUCCAAAGUGUAAACAUUAUGUUUAUGAUGAAGAGAUAAUGGCUGGUUGGUCUACAGAUGAAAAUGAUUAUAGAACAUUUUGUCCAUUUUGUAAAACUUACUUUAUACCACAAUUGUCAAUACGUAUAUUUGGUGAUACAUCAAAAUUACAACAACGUCAACAGUCAAGAGAACAACACUUACGUACAACUUUUUCUCAGUCGUCGAAUAAUCCGUCCAAUCUUCAGUGUGAUAGAAAUGAUUCAACUGAAUCAAUUCAAUUUAAAUCAUGCACCUCAGCACCAAUGCAAAGUACUUCUAUGGGUCUAAUGGAAAUGACCUUUUCUUAUUUCAGUCCAUUUGUCAUUAGAAAAUCUUUAGAAACUAUUAUUCAAAAUGAAGGUGAUGAAUGUUUACAUUGUCAAUCAAUUCAAUAUUCUUUAUUACAUCGUCAUACUCAAUUAACAUGGAAUUUAGUAUGGUUAAUGUAUCGUUUAGGUUUACCAACAUAUUUAUUAGAUUCAUUACCAUUAUGGAUAAUAAAUUAUCAAAUUGAACAACGUAUUAAAUUUAAAACAAAUCCAUCACAUACUCAUCGUCAUCAUCAUCAUUGUUCACAACAGUGUAAUUGUAAUAAUAAGCAAAUACAUAAUAACCAUUCAAUUAUAUUUACUGAUGCACUUUAUCAAGUUCAUUUAUCCCCCAAUUUACCUGUAUAUAUAUCAUUACGUUGGAAUGCAACACAUCCUGUACGAAGCGUUAUGAGAAAUUCAUUGUAUAAAUAUUGGUCCAAUUUUAGAAAUUCAGAUCAAAAUUCACCUUGGUCUUUGGUUAGAGUGACUAGUUCACAAGAUACUUUGAAUCAACAAACUAUAAAUAGUAAUGGGAAUAGUUGUUGUUCAAUUCAUGCAACUAUUGAUCAGUUGAUUAAUGCUAUUAAAAAUGAUAAUAUGCGAUUUGCUGUAGAAUAUCUCAUACAAAUACGUGCACAUCUACAAUUUAAUUCUUCAUUACCAUUAACUAUUACACAAUCACGUACAACAUUUUCACCGCCACCACCAUCAUCAUCACCAUUAACAACAAUCGGAGCAACAACUUCACCAUCAUCAAUACAAACACAAACAUCAGAAUUAUCAUCUGAAAUAAAUAAAAACCAAUUGAAUUCAAACAAUACAAAUCAUGUUCAAUUACAAUCUACAGUAGAGAUAGGAGAUUUUAAAAUGAGACGAAAUAAAUUAAAUCAGCAAAAUCGAUGUGGUAAUAUUGAAUGUUAUGCAGCAUGUUUGGAAAAUUCACUUUAUCGUGAAUUAUUAUUUCUAAUUGUACAAGCAUUGUCACGAACAUCGUUGGAUCUAAUGUCAUUCGACGAAAAAUAUGAUAUAGUUUAUCGAUCAUUCAGAAACUCUGGUUGUACAUUUCUAACUGAUUUUGACCAAUCACCAACCUUGAUAGCUUCAAUUUGUCGUCAAAUGCUACGCCCGUUAACAUUGAGACCAUAA